GUGAUUUCCACGAACUGAGAGCUGUGGGCAUAAAACACCCACUUGCGACACGAAGUCAGAAGCUGGUUGUGGUUGGAAGGUAGCUCCAGUUACCACAUCAAAAGGUGCUGAUCCCCGUGUAUAGGGAAAAGACCAAUGACAGCAUGAGUGGGCGUAGUUCUGGACUAAACCUUGUCAAUGAGGCAAUGAUGAAGGAGGUGGAUCAGCUUAGCAGAUCGAAACCAGUUGCCGCAUUAGAGACCUUAAGUGCCAACAAGAUGGCAGCCAUCCCCAGUGUAUCAAAUGAGGGUGAAGAUCUGCUGUCACCGCCUUCAGUGACAGAGGCACCUCCCACUGAUGAUGAUGUACAAGAGGUUAUUAAGACCCAAAUCUAUUUUAGAUCUGAUCUCCCUGAUGGUUUAGUUGUGUCAGAGACCGUCACUGAUGGAAGCAUACGUGAUGAUGAGGGGGCGGGGAUCAAUAGGAAUAGCAGCAAACCUGUACCAAAACCUAGAAGAUUUUUAAGGCAAAAUGAACCAAAGGAAGAUGAAUCUGGAGCAUCUAAGGAGAGCAAUGAUGAUCCAUCAGAGGAUAAUUCAACACUACUUGGUCUUGGAGAUACCAACAACCAACGGACUGCCACAGACAUGGGCAGACAGCACACUUAUGGAAGACCAAAGGGUGGAGUUUACACAGGAAAAGGUGGCAAGGAAAGACGGAGGUCUCAAACUGAAACCCGUGACAACGGACAAGACACAAAAGGGGGAAAAAGUUCCCGGACAAAGCAACAGACUAGUAGCGGAAGUCCUCCUGAGCAAAUACCAAAUGAUAGAAGAGGUAGUGUGACCAGGACUAGAAAGGAUCACUUGUCAGAAGGAACACAUACCAAAGGUGUCUCACAAGAAAAAGAGAACAAACUAAAUGACAAUCAGAAUGGCGAAAGAAGGAGAGCCCCCAAAAAGAAGAAACCAAAGGAUGAGUUUGAGGGGUUCCUGAGAAAUAAUGUUGGGAAGCAGACUCCUGUGAUUCUCUAUGUUAGAAUUGGGCAACUCCUCGAUCAAAAGUAUGAUGUUAAAGGUUUUCUUUGUGCAAGAAUGCAAAAUGAACAAGAUGACCAAUCCAAAAGGUUCAUGGUUGUGAAAAGUGAACGUGUUGGAAGUAACACUGUGAUUUCAGUUGAAGCACCAAGUAAAUCUGUGGCAAACAAAAUUGGAAAUUUACUGAAAUUAAGUAACAGAGGAUCUGAGACUAAGUUAGUCUGUACACUGGACAGGAACGAGGCCCUGGAUCUGCCUACUAAGAGGGAUGAAAGAGAAUUUGAGAAACAUCUCACAAUCAUUAAAAGAAGGGAAAACCAAGCCUUAAGCAAUCAUAUGGAUAAAAUCAGUGUUACUUCCAAGAAUAUUGAGAGACUGUCAUCAAACAAGCAUGUAACUAUUGAUGAGUAUGAGGCAAAACGGUAUGAAAAAGAUGCUCUGAAGGAUAAAUUAGAAGAGUUGAAACUGCAGAAGGAACAGUUUACAACAUUUAUGAAGAGUUUUGUGUCGAAACUUGUUUCACUAUGGAAAAAUAAUACCUAUGCUAAACACAUUGAAGAUCUACGGAGAGACUUUGGUGUCGAGCUUUGUAGACUCACUUCAGCAUUGCCUAUGUAUGCAAGAAGAAAUGAUAUAAUCAGAACGGUACAGGACAACCAGGUUUGUGUUAUAUUAGGGGAGACUGGGUCAGGGAAGAGCACACAGAUGACACAGUACCUUCAUCAGGCUGGCUUCAGCGAAGAUGGAUUCAUCGUGUGCACGCAACCCAGGAAAAUUGCGGCCAUAAGUCUGGCAACCCAUGUUGCAUCAGAGCUGGUGACAAAUGUGGGCAAUGUUGUGGGAUAUAAAGUUGGGAUGCGAUCUAAAUGCGGAGGAGCUACAAAGAUCUUGUACAUGACUGAUCACUGCCUUCUGAACGAAUGUCUGAAAGAUCCAACUCUGUCUGCUUACAGCUGUGUGAUAGUUGAUGAAGCACACGAGAGAAGCAUCUACACUGACCUUCUCCUUGGAAUGCUGAAGAUGUGCCUGAAACAGCGCCCUAAUCUCAGGGCGAUCAUUACAUCAGCGACUAUUGACCCUGAAGUCUUUGUCAGAUAUUUUGACGCGUGCCCAGUCUUGAGAGUAUCUGGGAGAAUGUUUCCUGUCGAAGUAGAGUACCAAACAGAAAAUGAUGGAGGCAAGUCUUUUGAUAACUAUCAGAGAGAAGCUGUCAACAAAGCUGUACAAGUCCACACAAAAGAUCCACCAGGUGACAUUCUGGUCUUUGUUACAUCUCCUUUAGAGACCGAGAAAUGCAGUGAAGAUUUUAACAAUAGACUCCAGGGAAGGACUGACUUCAAAUGCCUGGUUCUUCAUGGUCAGAUUCAACCAGAUGAGCAGCAGUUAGUAUUUCAGGACACCCCUUCAGGAGUCAGAAAGAUUGUCUUUGCCACAAACAGUGCAGAGACUUCAAUCACCAUUCCAGGUAUCAAGUAUGUUAUCGAUACUGGUCUUGCAAAAGAGAAACGUUAUGAUCCUCGGCGAAACAUGAGCACAUUGAGUGUAGUUCUUAUCAGUCGCAGCUCAGCUGAUCAGAGGAAAGGUCGUGCAGGAAGAACAGGCCCUGGGAAAUGUUACAGGCUCUACAGUGAAGAGACGUAUCAUGAAAUGGAAGCAGUCUCACUGCCAGAGUUAUUGAAGGUUCACCUAGGACAGGCCAUGUUGAAGCUGACGGAGCUUGGAAUUAAUCCGCUAGAGUAUGAAUUUGUUCAGUCACCAGGACCAUCAGCAAUAGCUACAGCUAUGACUACACUUGAGGAACUCGGUGCAGUCAAAGACAAUAAGAUCACGGAAGAGGGGAAAGAACUAGCAAGGCUUCCUGUAGAACCUCGACUGGGACUAAUAAUCCAGAAAGGAAGAUCUGAAGAUGUUCUCUUUGAUGCAGUUGUUCUUGCAGCUGUGAGCAAUGUUGGAAGCUCAAUAUUCUUCAGAGGUGGAAGUGACGACAAUAAGAAGAAAGCUGACAAGCUGAAGAUACAAUUCUGUCACAAUGGUGGCGAUAGUCUCACUUUGCUGAAUGUAUACAGAGAAUGGAACAAAGAGCCUGAAAAGCAGAAAAACAAAUGGUGCUUUGCAAACAGCCUAAAUUCAAAAGCUCUGCGAAUUGCCAGAGAAACUGUCAAUGAGGUGAUGACACUUUUGAAGAAGGAGGCAAAAGUGAAGGUCAUGCAUGAUUUUAAAGACCCACAAGGAGCAGAUGUGAAACUUCAGAAAAUACUCUUUGACAGCUUCACCUCAAACAUCUGUCAUUCUCUCGGGCUUGCGAAGGCAGGGUAUUAUGCUCCGAGACUUGAGCAACAGGUUCAUGCUCACCCCUCUUCAGUCCUGAAUCCACUCAACUUGGUUCCUGAGUGGCUUGUCUUUGAGCAGUCCAUGAAGACAUCCAGAGACUUCAUUACAGGACUGACGCCAGUGAAUGAAUCCUGGGUUGUUGAAGCCAUUGAAUCUGGACGUCUAAAGAGAGAUCUCGAAGAGAUGAGAAAGAAACAGCUUCUUCCUGUGCAUGUUGAACAUGUCGGAUCAUAUCUUUUCUGGAAGCUUGUUGGUCCUUAUUUUACAAAACUAAAACAAUUUGAAGAAGAAGCAUCAAAUCUAGUAAAACCAGAUCUGGUUGUCAUUGAAGCAUCAAAGGAAAAAGGAGAACUGAAGAUAUUUUGCUCUGAUCAUACAACUGAGAAAUUAUCACAACUCUUCAAUGAGGUAACUGGACCUGUGAAAGAGUUUUUGGAAGGAGAAGAUUUGGAAGUGCCAUUGGGUCAGUCUAAAGAGCGUGCUGGUGUUCGUGUCAUCCUUGGCAAAGGGGGAGAUGUAAAAGACAUCGUCAUGGCAGAUGAAUUCAGAACAAUAUUUGUUGAUCGUCCAGAUGAAAGUUCGUCAGCAGACACCAUCUUGAACAAGUUUGGCCGUUUUGGAAAGAUAAAGGACCACAGGGUGUUUAAGAAUCCUCAAAAGCGAUGGGGUUGUAUUACAUUUGAAUCUUCAGAAGCAGCAAAGGUAGCAGUGAAUGCGACAAAAUCUGAUUCUUCAGAAGUUGCCAUUCCUGAGAAACAUGGUCGAGGCUAUCAAAACUCCCGGUUUAAGGUUAAAAUAACAUGGUGUAGGAGAGAGUCCAAAGGAUUUGGUUUUGUUGAUGUUGCCCCAGAAGUGAUGCCACAGAUUUUGCGAAGAGGAUCACUGUAUAUCAAAGGAAUACUUGUAAGUAUUGGUAUUGACAGGAAAAGUGGAAAGAGCCUUUAUCUUAGAAAUCUUGGUCAAACUAUUACUGAAGCUGACAUCAAAAAGGCAAUUCUAUCCUCUUUGGACAAUGAUGACGAUGAGAUGGAAAUAUUUCAAAAGGUAACUGUAGUCAGAGAGAAAGUGAACACAACCAAAGAGCAACUGAGCACCUUUAAGACUCGGCUACAGGCACAGCUCAAACACUAUUCACCAGACAAUAGAUUCCACCUGGAGAUGAAAGAGCCAUAUCCAACAAGUGUUCAUUACCUUGCCUUUGCAUCUUUCACAAAUCCUGAUGAGGGUAUAGCAGCUUGUCAGGGUUUGUCCAGGCAGUUCUAUCUCAAUGACCGAGUGGUCACCAUGGAGCCAGACAUAAGGUCAUCACUGUACGUAAACAGAGAAGUACAUGCAGCAAUCAAAGAUGACCUGGAUGCAUACUUGGAAGAAUUCUCGACCUUUGGUUACUCAGAAGUUGGUGUGACUUCAAAGACACUGAAAGACGGAACUGUUGUACUUGAUAUCAAUGCAUCAAGUUCCAUAGAGCUGGCAAAGGUUCGUGCUAACCUACAGGACAUUGUACAGGGAGACGUUCUGGAAUGUGGAGCAAAUCCGAAUCUACGGCAACUUUUUACCAGGGCUGGUAGAGACUUCCUGAAAGACGCUGAAAAGAAGUGUAAUGCUUUCAUUCAAGUUGAUGGUAGAACCUUCACGCUAUCCAUCCGAGGAAAACAGGAGGCAACAACUCGAGUACGCAUUUCAAUCAAUGAUUUUCUCCAAGAACUGUCGGAAGGAGAAUGGAAGGAGGUGCGCUUGAGGGGAAGAGACAAACCUAAUGGGCUGAUGAAGACAUUGAUGAAUGAAUAUGGCAUAGAGUUUGAAAAGCUACAGCAGGACAUUGGCUUGAGAUCUGUAGUCCUGAACUUCAAGCAACAGAUUGUGAAGUUGGUGGGAUCAGCUGAAGACAUUGACAAAGCUGUCAAAGUCAUAGAAGACAUUUCAUCCAAAUUGCUGGUUGGUGUCAAAGCUCCAGAAGAGGAAGAACUGCCAGAUUGUUGUGUUUGUUUCUGCCCAAUAGAACCAAAGGAACUGUACAGACUGCAGUGCUGUGGCCAUGCCUACUGUCUUGACUGUGUCAAGAGACAGGUGGAAACUGCAGUCACUGGUCGAGACUUGCCCAUCCUUUGUGGGCAUGAUGGAUGUGGUCAACCAUUUGCAUGGAAGGAUUUGUCUAAUUUGGUGCGAGAAGGGACAUUAACAGUGGCAGGUCUGGCUCUCUCCUCUUUGAGUUCCUUUGUUGGUAAGAACAGCAAAAUCUACAAGUACUGCUUGACCCCAAACUGCAACAUGGUGUACCGAGUGACCUCGACGGGAGCUGUGUUCCACUGCUCUGAGUGCAGUGUAAGAAUAUGCACUAGUUGCCACACUCAGUAUCACGACGGAAUGACCUGUGCCAUGUACCAGAGUGGCAGAGACGACGAAGGCAGCCUUGAUCAGUGGUUGGCUGCCAAUUCCAAAACAACAAAGAAGUGUCCUAACUGUCAGACCCCAAUAGAAAAGACAAUGGGUUGCAAUAAUAUGCACUGUACAGGAUGUAAGUGCAACUUUUGUUGGCUGUGUUUGAUUGCCUACAAGUCGGAGGAUGAAUGCUACAAGCAUUUGCAGAAGAAGCAUGGUGGAUUUGUGUGAAUAAACAGUUGCUAUUUAAUGUCUUUCCCAGUUCAUAUAUCUUUUAUCUCAUAUGAUAAAUGUCUGAGAUAUAUACCAUCGAUAUGUGAUGAAAUGUCCAUGUUUGUCAAAAUGGUCACAAGUACCAUCUGAUACAAAAAGAGGAAGCAUUUGAAUGUGCUAUGAACAGGUGUGAUUAAUUUCGGUUCAAAAUGAGUAUGUCACUUUGCAAACAAAACCGAAUAUGUUUUGCCAAAAACAUAAUACAGGAUACGUAAGUAAGCGUUGCAAGUUGUUUUGAAAGUGUAUACAUGAGAAUUAGCAAUGUUUGCAAUGGGAUCCUGGAAAAUGAACAUUCAUCUGUGGUUCAAGUAUUUCAUAUACAUUGUAUAUUUCUUUUGGAUCUUCUUUUGAUUUUUCUUCUUAAAGAGUGUAGACCUGGCGUUUUAAUUCCUUUCCACGGAGAUAUUAUGGACUGUUAUGGGUGAACAAAACUGUCCAAAUCGCAUGCUGGAUUUCUUGGGGGAAUUAGUCAGCAAAGAGCCGGAGUCACAGGAGACUAAUCACAAUUUUAUUUACAAGAACAAAUAACAAUGAACAGUUUACAAUUACUUAGAAAAUAGCUGAGGGUGCCACAGAGAGUCGGUACAACCCUCUGGGCUGUGGGAGAGAGGUCUGCUUGGUAAGAGAGUCCAACCCCUUCUCUGCCCUAACAUGUGGUUUCUGUAUGUAUUUAACAAAAAAUAGAACAAUAAAAUGGAAUAUGAUUGGUUGAUACACGAUGGGUUGUGCCCUAUGCUAAAUGAAUGGCUAGACAGAGGGGAAUACUUAAUCCUGUUAAUC